ACUGCAAAGAGUUAAUAAAGUUUAGUAUCUAAUGAAACUAUGACUAUACGGUGUUGUACCAUGCAAGUGUACAUGCCCUUGGUGUUUUUAAUUUGUUUCAAUGUAAUAUCUCAAACAAUUUCAGUAUUUAGGUGGAAGUUCCGAUCAACUUCCUAAAUCUUAUUAAGCAUUUCCUGGAAACCAACGCAUCUCUCGCGUUUGCCAGCAAAAACGACCGUAAGGUAACUCGGAGAACCUUAAUAUAGGACUGAAGAAAACCGCCAAAAUAAGGGUAAAUCUUCUGGUUAUCCGUUGACUUACAACUUCUACAGCCAAUAAUCAUCCGCCAUGUGUCUAUUAGGCAUGUGUAGAAAAAAGAAAUAGACAAGAAAUAGAGAAAGAGCCUUUGGACACAUUUUGAAGUUUCACUUUUUUUUUUUCCUUGCGUUACCUUCCUCUUCAGCUAGCUGACACAUAACAAAACACGAAACAAGAAAAUAACAAAAGAAUUAGAGAAAAGCCUUUUGAUUUUAUUUUUUAUUGAAACAAUUUGGAAACACACAUUUCGUUCUAAAGUUUGUAGCCAGAAACUCAUAGCUCUUGGAAAUCUUUAUGAUUCGAAUUCUUUGUUAAUAGAGUUUUAUCUCCUCCCAUAACAUGUAUGCAUCUGCAAGUUGAAGAUUACCUCAACAAUGAAGGGUUUCUUAAAAGGGUUGAGGUACAUUGCUCGUAUCUUCGAAGAUGAGAAGGAACCAGAGAUACAGAUUGGAAACCCGACCGAUGUCAAACAUGUUGCUCAUAUAGGAUGGGAAGGGCCCUCUGCUACGACCCCAAGCUGGAUGCAUGAGUAUAAGUCUCCAGUGGCGGAGUCAAAAGGAAGUUCCAACAAGAAAGAGAAGCAAAAGAACAAGGGGAGGCGUAAAUCAUCUACAAACACAAACAACUCACCUUCAGAGUCUCCAUCAAGAGUGGGCGGAUCAACGAGGCCAUCAAAACGCAGAACGGGUAAGCAGAGAGAGCAGAGCACGGGUGAAGGGUCAGAGUCAGGUACAGGGAUAGACUUACCUCAACAGAAUGAUCAGUCCUUGGGACAGAAAAAAUCGAGGCAGAAACGGUCAAGAGGUGGAGGAGGACGAGGCGGAGAACCUUCUCAAUCUGCUGGACCUGCAAAGUCAAAAGAAACAGAUAUAUCUGUGCGGGCGGUUUUACCUUGUGUGGGUCUUGGAAGUUCUACAGGAAGAUGAGAGGUGAGAAAAGGAGAGUUUUUCUUGAUCAAGUUUAGACUAGAGUGGUGGUUUUGUUUUUCUUCUCAUCAUCUACAUACCUUUUCCUUUUCUGAUCUCCAUUUUGUUGGAGUUGCAUUUGUAUAACAAGACCAAUGUUUUUGUCAAGUGAUUUACAAGAAAAGAGAACCCUAUGAUGAUAAUGAAUCUGGAUGUGUGACUUAUGCUUUUUGCUUAAUGAUUUUGGUUGCUCUAUAGAAUAUUCCGUCACCUUUAUAUUGUGUUUGAUUCUUGAAAUGAUUUAAAUCUUGUUAUACUAGUAUUUUUUUUUGUUUAGAAAAAAAAAGAAACUAGUAUUCGCUUUCUAGUUUUUUUUUCUGAGGUUAGUUCGCAGAUUCACUCAACAAAAGGUGUUAUUCUAUUAGUAUAAGAAUUGAGUCUAACAUCAUUAGACUUGAAUUGUUUGUUGAGUUUACAUAUGUUAUGGACUUAUGGUAGUCUUCUUUUUGAAUGUCAAGCAAGACUUUUUUGCAAAGCUUUUAACACAAAAGCAAAAAAAAACUGUUUAGAUACUAAAACUUAAACUUGUUUAAAAUAAUUAUUAGGUAUACAAACGAGACACCAUUAAAUGAUCACAUAUCUGAAUAAUGUAUUUAAAUCUAGAUAAACAAAUAUUAGUUUCAUGAUAAUAUUCAUGAACUAGUAAAUUUUAUGUUGAUAACACCAUCAACAUAAUUCUGAAUAAUGACAUUGUGUUGUCAAAAAAGAAUGAAAAAAGAACUUUCAAAAUGACAUUGCUUGAAAUGGCAUUUGAGUCUUUGACUCAAACAUGUAUAUUUUGGAUUAAAAUUAUUAUUGUUAGAUAUUAUGUAAUGUGUCCGUC